AUUUUAAAAGGACAGCGCUGAGCGGGAGGAAGGCGGCUGGCGCCAUCUUGGCUGUUUUAAUGAGUACAACAGGGGAGAGCUCGCUGGGAGAAAUAACCUAAUCUUUGUGAUUUCACCCUAAGAGGGCACCUCUUGGUAAAUCACACCACAGUUGGCGUGCUUGAACCAGAGGAAUCGGGGCAAUGUUUUACGCCCACUUUGUCCUCAGCAAACGUGGGCCGCUGGCCAAGAUCUGGCUGGCGGCCCACUGGGACAAAAAGCUGACCAAGGCCCAUGUGUUUGAAUGCAACUUGGAGAGCAGUGUGGAGAGCAUCAUCUCACCAAAGGUGAAGAUGGCAUUGCGAACCUCUGGUCACCUUCUCCUUGGAGUGGUGCGAAUCUACCACAGAAAGGCCAAGUACCUGCUUGCUGACUGUAAUGAAGCCUUCAUCAAGAUCAAAAUGGCCUUCAGGCCCGGUGUUGUGGAUCUACCUGAGGAAAACAGGGAGGCUGCAUAUAAUGCCAUCACUCUUCCUGAGGAGUUCCAUGACUUUGAUCAGCCACUUCCUGAUUUGGAUGACAUCGAUGUGGCUCAGCAGUUCACUUUGAACCAGAGCAGAGUAGAAGAGAUCACCAUGAGGGAAGAUGUUGGAAACCUCAGCCUCAUUCCCGAUGACUUUGCCGACUUUGGGAUGGAUGACCGGGAGAUGAUGCGUGAUGCGAGCACAUUUGAAGAUGAUAUAAUGCAGGGAGCCACAGCCCCUAACCUGCUGCUGGAGGCCGAGCCGGGUCCAGCUAACCUCCCUGAUAAAUCCAACCAUAUGGAGUAUGACGACUUUGGUGAUGGCUCCAUGGGCAACAGUGAUGGUGGAAUGCUUGUUGACACGCUGCUGAGAGCUGAAGAUGGAGGCGGCAUCUUUGAUGAUCCUCCAGCAAUCACAGAAAGUGUCAUGAUGCCCCCAGAUCACGGCGACGAUGAGGAUGACUUUGACAACCUUCACUCUCCUGGUCCAGACAGUCCUGAUUCUGGCCCAGCUGAGCAGCUGCCAGCGAUGACUGACCAACCAGAACAGACCACCCUGGUUCCUAAUGAAGAGGAGGCUUUCGCCCUGGAGCCCAUCGACAUCACUGUGAAAGAGACCAAGGCAAAACGUAAGAGGAAGCUGAUUGUUGACAGUGUAAAGGAGUUGGACAGUAAGACCAUCAGAGCCCAGCUGUCUGACUACUCUGAUAUCGUGACCACCCUGGAUCUUGCUCCUCCUACUAAGAAGCUCAUGAUGUGGAAGGAAACGGGAGGAGUGGAGAAGCUUUUCUCUUUGCCUGCGCAGCCCCUCUGGAACGCCCGGUUACUCAAGAUGUUCACACGCUGCCUGACACCUCUGGUGCCAGACGAGCUGAGGAAACGCAGAAAGGGCGGCGAGGCGGACAGUCUGGAUGAGUUCCUCAAAGAGCUGGAGAACCCAGAGGUGCCAAGGGAGGAGAUCAUGACUCAGAACAGAGAUGUCAUUGACCAGACUAUCAUGGAGGAGCCAAGUAUACUGGCAGCCUCUGCUAUGGAAGGCAGCAGGACGGCUUUGGAUGAAACAGUGAUGCCUCCUCCAUCCACCCCCCGUGGUGUAAAACGCAAGCAGCCCAUGGACAAAGAGGGCCCCAUCCCUAUGACUCCCCUGGAGCAGCAGCAGCAGGUGGCUGACCGCUCAGACUUGUCACAGAGGCUAGACAUGCCUCAGGUUGAUCUGCCCCCAGAGGAGACCACUGUCAACCUCACUCAGCUUGUCCCUGAGCUCGACCUUCUCACCGACAAGGAAAAGGAUAAGAAGGAUGACAGCGAAGAAGAGGAGGAGGAGGGUCAAGCUGGAGAUCAGGAUCAAGAAGAGAAGAGAUGGAACAAGAGAACUCAACAGAUGCUUCACGGUCUGCAGCGUGUCAUGGCGAAGACUGGUGCCGAGUCAGUCAGUCUCCUCGACCUGUGCAGAAACAACAACAGGAAGCAGGCAGCCGCCAAGUUUUACAGUUUCCUUGUCCUCAAGAAGCAGCAAGCCAUCGAGGUCACUCAGUCGGAACCCUACAGCGACAUCAUCGCCACAGCAGGACCAAAAUUCCACCUCAUUUAGACAUU